UAGAAACUCAGUGAGAAGCGAGCAUGUGCAGAGUUGCCACUACAGCUGCAAAAUCCCUAGCUGAAUUGGGGACAUGCACAGAAGGUGGAGAUAGAGAGCAGCUGGAUGAACCAGUUUUUUUGCAGAACACAGGAGUCUCAUAGUGACUAAGUAUGAACAGCAUGUAAUACAGCAUUUAUUGAUAGGGCGGCGGACUGACAACUCAUGAGGCCCCCGGGCAAUAGGGGAUCAUGGGGCCACUGUGUCCUUGCCCAAACUCAAAAAAGCCUAU